CUCAAUCGCCAUCGCGCGUGAGCGUGCUGCUCGUACAGAAACAAGUAUGGAGGAUAUUUCGUUGCCUCACGAUACCAGAGUGGAAGACAUUUUGGCCGACUAUUUCACGAAGAAGAUCGAGGGGAAGGAUGCGGAGGCCAAGGAGAAGCACUCAGACUCGCAGCACAGCUCCAAGUCGAAGAAAUCCAAGAAGCGCAAGCACAAAAAGAAGAAAAAACACAAAUCCCGAAAAGCUCAUUCAGAGAACGAGGAGGAGGAACGGGUUCACUCCAGUACAGAUGACUGCUGGGUGGAGGUAACGGCAGACAAAGACAAGGAAAACUCGGCUAAGGAUAAGUCAGAUACCACUGACAAAGAGCCAAAGAAGAAACAGAAGAGCAAAAGCAAGCGUAGAGACACUAGUGCCUCUUCAAAUGUAGAUGCUGCAGUGAUGCAAGAUGAGUUGUCGAAAGACAAGGGCGGCACAUGCAAAGAUGAAAACCCUGGUGGCAAAAGUGACACUGAGCAGAAGGAGCCAGCAACCAAGGAUGAUGUUAAACAAGCUAAACGCACUGGGCGAACAUCUAGAAGGUCAAGUGUGUCUACUUCUCCAGAAAGGAGCAAGCGGGCUUCUAGCAGCUCCGGUUCGGAUGAUGACCACAAGAGCGCAUCUGCAGCAGGGCCUGCUAGCCGUGCUUCAAAAGCAGAGCCAGCUAAAAAACCAACACAAAAGAAAGGGCGAAGCUACAGAACAAAGCGUUGUCGAUCGUCUGGCUCAUCUGAUUCAUCUGAAGAUGACCGAGACAAGCGGAGCAAAAGUCGUAGCCGAAGUCUUUCGCAAAGGGAGAGUCCUCGACUUUCCCGGCAAAACAGAGCUCGCAGUUCCAGCAGGAGCCGACGUGGCACUCAGAGCAAGGAUUUAAGACGAGAAAGGAGCAAGAGUAGAGAUAACAGCCGAUAUGACCGAUCACGAGGUCGCUCCCGUAGUCCAAAACGGUCAAGUCCCAUUAGAAUCCAGCGCCGUGGCCUAAGCCGCGGCCGGCUGAGCCGUAGUCCUGAAAGAUCGACUGGCCGUAGUCACAGCCGAAGGCGGUCUCAAGGCCGUCACAGUCGUAGCCCUCGGCGUUCAGAAGGUCUUCGUGGCCGUAGCCCUAGACGUUCUGAAGUUACUCGCAACCGCAGCCCAAGACGUACCGAAGGCCGUCGCAGUCGUAGCCCGAGGCGUGCUGAAAGUCAUCGCAGCCGUAGUCCAAGACGACCUGAAAGUCGUCGCAGCCCAAGCCCAAACCGUGGCCGAGGGUGGUCUGGAAGCAAGCAAAGUCGUGGUCGAUCACCACCAAGGCGGAGCCGAAGCCGCAAAAGGUCAGUGAGUAGGCAUCGAGGUCGCCGUAGUCAAAGCCAUAGCUCUAAAAAUUCUCGACGAAGUACAAGCAGGGAUAAAGGACAUAAGAGAAAAAGUCAAAGUCCUAAAAGAGAGAGGAGAAGUCGUAGUUGCAGCCGUAAACGGUCGGCGAGCAAACAAAGGCGCUCUUCACAUGAUUCAAGCAGUUGUGACAGUUCUUCAGACCGUAGCAAGUCUAAUGAGAGAGAUAAAAAGAGUGAAGAGAAGGCCUCUAGUGUUAGACCUUCAACACCUGAUAAGAGCAGUGAAAGCUCUAUUGAUGAAGACUGUAAAGAAAAACGAUCGAAAUCGACAGACGAGCAAACAAAGCAGGACAGAGCGAGUGACAAAGAAAGUUCCGUUGAUGGCGGCAAAAACCAAGUGGUUCUUUAUGGACCAUUUGAGGAAGAAGAAGCUAGUCUUGAUGAGGAGCCAAGCCCCGACAGAGUGGAAUCAACGACAAAACCCUCGCAGCCUGAGACAGGCUCUGGUGCUGCUGGCAAGAACGAGAAAAGCCAACCAGCAAACAACAGCCUUGAGGAAGUGCCACUGCCAGCAGAGCCUGCAGCCCAGUCUGAAGACACUCAACUAGAGGACAUGGACAUUUCAGACUCGCUGUCCUCUGGUGGCGAGCUUGAAGCGGAGGAUUGCCUCAGCCAGAGCCUGCCUUCUGAUGAACGUUGCAGCUCACCCUCCAUCACUUCUCGACAUCAGACUGAAACCAAGGCCUUGCAAGAGUGUGUGCCACUGCAGAAGGCCCCUACGUCUGAGGAGACAUUGGCUAAGGGAGCACCCGCCAGAGCUGCCAUUCCUUGGACCUAUGCUGAAUUGCAGCCACCACCACCGCCCCCUUGGUUGAAGCCUGAAGUAACCAAACCUGUGGGCCAGGUGAGGCCUUUUGUUAGAGAAGUCAAUACAAGUGAAAGUGCCGCACAAAAGGGCCUCUUGCAGGGAAGGCAAGAUGGGGUUGGUGCUGUUGGAUCUGUGGCCACGGUGCAGCCAUCCGCUGAUCCACCAUUGAUUGCUCCUGACAAGUCCACAAACAAAGCUGAAGAACUGUCUGCUUUGCCAAGCCCUGCUACAAAAGCUGCACAACAAUCUGCUUUUCAUGAUGUUUCAGCAAAGCUGACACCUCAGAUAUCUCUUGCAACUGUGCUGCCGCCACCUGUAAACGUGCACAGCGGGGCACUGUAUUCGGCUACUGUGAUGCCAGUACAUGUUCCUUACCAGUUUACGGGUUUGCCAGGGCACGGUCAAGUUGGCCCGGGUGUGACAUUGCCAGUUCCGCAGGAAAAGUCUGCCCAUAUGAAUGAGCAGCAGCAUGACCAGCACCCACCCCAGCCACAAAAGGGCCGUGGUAAUCAAUCAUCCGACUCUGUGGACUCAACUGGCACUGCUUCACAGCUUAGUGGACCACCUGGGAGUGAAUCGAAUCCUCCAUCUCCCACAAAAAAGCCUGAAGUUGCAAGCACAGCUCCACGUGUAGGUGCAGCAGAGGAAGCAAUGGAUGGUAACGAAUCAGAGUGCUCGUCCAGAAGCUCUUCACCAGCAGAGGGACGAAGUCGCAGCAGCAGCAAGGAGAGAGUAGGCUCUCGUUCAUCUAGAAGUCGCAGUCCGAACCAGGCGACCACAAAAAGAUCACGGAGUAGCGAGUCUCCAAGCCCGAGCAGCGACAUCAAGAAGCUGCGCAAGGAUGACCGGGCAGACCCCGAGGAAAAAAGUACAAAGAAGGAGUGUUGUGACAGACGUGAUAGCGCAAGCCCAGGUCACAGUGCACGUGGCAGCCAUGCUAGAAAAAAGAGCGCUAGCCCAGACAGGACGCAAAGCAAGACUCUUGACCGUAAAAGGAACAAGAGCCGUGACAGAAGGAGCAAGAGUCGGGAUAGACAGAGAAGCCAGAGUAGAGAUAGGAAGAGAAGCCCAGUGCGUGAGCGGAGGAGAAGCAAGAGUCGAGAAAGAAGGCCAAGCAAAAACAGGGAGCGAAGGAGGAGCAAGAGUCAAGAAAGGAAGAGAAGCAAGAGUAGGGACAGAAAGAGGAGCAGGAGCCGAGAACGAAAAAGGAGCAAAAGUCGUGAGCGAAAAAGAAGCAAAAGUCGUGAUCGGAGGAGGAGCAAAAGCCGGGACAGAAGAAGAAGCCGAAGCCGUGACUGUAAGAGAAGCAAAAGCCGGGAACGGCGUACGAGUGUUGGGCGCAGUGGAACACGCUCAGCUCGAAAGAGAAGCGGCAGCAGGUCUCGUAGAAGCCGCAGCCACGACCAGACCAAAAGGCGUAGCCAAAGCAGAGAGAGGGUACGUCAGCGGCGAAGCCAGAGCAAAGGGAGAGACUCAAGCAGGAGGAAGUCUAGGGACAGAGAGACGCCAAGGGCGGGCUUGAUCCUGAAACGAUAUAAGAACGAGCUCAGCAGUGAGUAUGACAGCAGCCCCGAAAGAAAAAGCAAAGCGAAGCCAUCUUCGCCAGUCAAAAAAAAGCCACGCAGGGGCAGUGAUGCUGACAGUGUUAGCUCACAAGAUGAUAAGCCUGAAGAUAACAGGGCAGCAUCGCCAAUGUCUGAAACUGAUGAACCUGAUGCAGAUGACAAAGGUGAGGACCGUACACAUGAUGAGAAAGAGAAAGAACUUGAGAAGCAACGACCCUCAGAAACGGAAGGUGAGGAUAAGGAUGCUCCAUAUGGACCACUUCCCCCAAAUGAAGCCAGAACUUCUCCAGCACAUAAGGAAGCACAGCACUCUCAUGAUGAAAUGGAUGAUGAGCGAGAUCUACCAGCUGGCUCUGAUAUUAGCUCAUCGUUGGGAACAAAAGCAGACAACAAAUCACUUCACACUCCAGUUGUGAGUAGCAGUAGCUCUAAAGAGAGCUUCUUGGCUGGGGACAUGUUAUUGGCAAGCACUAAAGGUCAGUCUGGUGGUAAUGGCUCUCUUAUGGACAUGACUGUGUGUAAAAGCCUAGAACCGCAGCAGGACCGGCAAGAUAGGAGUACAAGUAAAGGAGACAAGAUGAUUUAUGAGAAGCUUACUGUCCCAAGCGGUGAAAGCGCAGUGUCCAGCUCAACUGGAAGCCCUGGACUCCCAGAAGAGCGACCCACAAGCACCAGACUUUCUGGAGACUUGAACACAGAAAACAAAAGUGGAGCUAAUUCAUCCUCUGUGCGAGGCCCAUCUGCCUGCUCGGAUUCUUAUGACGACGGUGAAAAGAAGCCAAGUACGACGACAGGCGACAAAGCUAAAGAAACCAGUUACAGUGACGACACAAGGAGUACCUCAGACAAUGGACGUAAGAGUCGUAGCAGGAGUCCAUCAAGCACAUCCUCCAUUGAAAGAGUUCGAACAAGGAAAGAGUCAUCAUCAUCAAGCUCAAGUCAGAGUCCAGAGAGGGGCGCUUCUAAAGAUCCCAGCAAAAGUAGAAGCACCUCUCCAGACAGUCCUGACAGGGAGACACGUGACGAAAGUCCAGCGAAGAAAAGACGAAGCCGAGACUCGAAACGGAGCCGCAGCAGAGAAAAGAAAAGGAGCAAAAGUCGAGAAAAGAGGAGUCGCAGCCGGGAGAAAAAAAGGAGCCACAGUCGAGAGAAGAAGAGAAGCCUGAGCCGAGAAAAAAAGAGAAGCAGAAGUCGUGAGAGGAGGAUGAACCCUAUCCGAGACAGAAGUCGCCGCAGCAAGGAGAGGAAAAGAAGCAGGAGUAGAGAGAAGAAGCGAAGUCCCAGCCGAGAAAAGAGGCGGAGUCGCAGUCGUGAGAAGCGAAGGAGUCGCAGUAGAGACAAAAGGAGAAGCCGCAGCCGAGACAGGAAGCAAAGCCCCAUUCGGAAUAAGAGGAGAAGCCGCAGUCGAGAGAAGAAGCGAAGCGUAAGCAAAGAUAGGCGCAGGAGCCUAAGCCGAGACAAGAGGCGCAGCCGCAGCCGAGAUAGGAGGCGGAGCCUCAGCCGAGACAGGAGGCGGAGCCUCAGCCGAGACAGGAGGCGCAGCCUCAGCCGGGACAGGAGGCGCAGCCGAGAAAGGAGGAGAAGCCUUGACAGGAAGAGCCCAAGUCGAAGCAGAGACAGGCGAAGGAGCCGAGAGAGGAGGCCUCGUAGCAGGAGCCGUCCACGACGAAGCUGGAGCCGAGCCAUGGAGCUGCAGCGCAAGCGUAGUGCCGAACGGUUGCGAAAGAAGAGCAGAAGUCCUCGGAAGAGAAGUGUGAGCAAAAGGAGGUCACCGCCUCCACGUAAGAAGAGUCGCAGCCGAAGCCGCCGGCGUUCUAGAACCAACAGCCCUCCAGAACGGAAAAGGAAAAGCCGCAGCCGUGAAAGAAUACUACCACAAGGCCACAGUGACCAGCAAGGAGACCACAGGAACAGGGAGAGCAGGGAGCCCUCGGUGGUCAAGGUAGACAAGGCCCAGCUGCUGGAAGCUGCCCGCAAGAACAUGCAGGCCAUGCUGCAGCGCGGUGUGGUUGCCAAGGGCCUCCCUGUGGCUGCGGCUGCGGCCGUGAACGCGACUGUCAAAGUGGUGGCUGCAGCAGUGGCGGCAGCCGCAGCUGAUCCAAGGUCAUCGAUGGCUGCCAAAUUGGACGUGGCUUCGUCUGCAACUUCGACACCACCUAGUGAGCCUCCUGUUUUGCCCCUGGCGCAGUCGGGGGAUGGCACGGGCCCCGCCGUGACCCUCGGCAUGACCGAGGAGCCGCCAAAGAUCAAAAAGUCACUGGCUGCACUCACUGAAAUCUGCCGGGCCAUCUCCGAUGAAGAAAAGCGCGAGUACGCUGGCGAAGUGGAACCCAAGACAGCAGAGGAAGUGGCCGAAGAGUUCCAGCAAACACACCACCACCCUUUCAAACUGAAGGAACCUCCGCCCCCGAUUAGGUUUAACAUUCCUAAUGCCACCAAUCUUCCCGUGAAGACGCUCGCUGAGAAGGUGGCCGAUGCUGCGCACCUGCACAAACAGUUUCCCGUCUCGAGCGGCAACCAGCACCGUGUGAAAGAGCUCGAGUGGGUUCCCGUGGAGAAGACUGAGCCGGCGCCGGCGCCCAAGGCUGCUCGGGCCGCCAAGAGCAGUGCCGCUCCUUCGACGGAAGGGGGCACUUCCCCGCUUGCCCUGAUGCCCCCUCCUUUGCCCAAAACUGAAACCUUUUCCCCGCUGCCCAAUGUUGCCACUCCGCCUGUAUUUCAGGUGGAGGAUGUUCCGCUGCCCGUCUCGUCGGCGGUGAUUUCUUCGACUGUGACGGAGCCGCCAGACCCAGCGCCGGCUCUAGAAGUGGGCACAGCCAAGAUUGACAAAGGUGCAGCCCUCCUGAAAGCCGAAGAUAAGCUACCAGAACCAGAUGGUCAAGCAAGUGGUGGCAGUAAAGACAAGGAUCAAGCCCUCGAUCUCCACACAGAGGAUGAAUCGCCACCACUUGGAGAGCCAAUCGCACCACUUGGAGAGCCUGAUGGUCUACUUGACGACUCCAAACAAGCGAAGACAGAGGAGGUAAAACGUGAAAAUGUAGAUGAAUCCCAACACGACGCGCAAUGUGACACAUUCAGUGAUGAUGCUAACCCAACCUUCCUGAUUGAGGAAGUUCCAUUGGAAAGCAUUCCCCUUCCAGAAGGGCCGUACGUUCCACCUGAAACACAGCAGUCCCAGUUGCCUGGAGAAACAAGCGCUUCAGUCCAAGACACCAACCCGCAAAGCCAGAAAGUAAGGAAGGCGAGUAAGUGGGAUAAUGCAUCGGAACAAACACUUUCCAAAAUAGCUGUAUUGGAUGACAUCAAGGAGUCCAUUCCAGAAUCGUCCACAAUGGCUAUAGCGAAACCUCAAAUUGACAUCGAGCUAAAACCAGAAAAGCGAGACAGUCGAAAGCCUACUGCAAAGAUAAAGAACCAGGAGGUGACACCAAGUAAACAACAACCUUCUACCGAGGCUAAAAAACUGCCAAAAUCUGAGCCGUCUUCAAAAGGCGUUUUUCCUGCGUGUAGAAAAUCAGAGUUAGAUAUCCAGCAAAAGACGACCAGAAUCGGUGAAUCAAAGAACAAAGAAAGGACUCCCAUAACUCGUAAAGUAGAGCAGCAUCCUUUGCCGGAAGUGUUGCGCGAAGUAGACAAGGUUGUCGAAUCCAAGCAGGCAUCAGAGCAGACUGACAUGAGGUCAAAACUUCAGAAGUUGAGGCGGGAGAGCAUAAUGUCUAUGAUUAAAUUUGAGCCUCUAGAAAUCACCCCAAAAACUGCUACAAUCCAGUCCUUCGAAAUGAAACAGGACGGCGCUUCGUUGUGCAAACAGGCAUGGAGCAGAAUUCCCGCGUCGCAAAAAGAGUCUGCAUAUUUCUCCUCUGAGAAUAAGAAAGCAUCACCAGAAACGCCCAGACCGGUUCAAAAUAAAAAGGAGGACAGUGACAGAAAAACAGGGCUUUCCCGCUCUCAAUCACUGCCAAAGGCGAAAAAUCCCAGCCCUCAGAUGGAAAAGAGGCUUAACUCAAUAGACUCUGCAGAUACUGUUCAACAGCCCAGAACUGCUGGACAAGGUGGCACCAUGACCGGUAAGCCCAAGUCUGAUAGUUUCUUGCAUAGACAGAUUCAAGAAAACGUUGCUCCUCAGUCCGUGCUGGGAUGUCAAACCUUUGGCAACAUCAUAGUGAACCCUGCCCCACCUGUACAGCCUCCAGAAAGAUGCCAGGCCGACAGUAGUGCAACAAUGGCGAGCAGUUCACACAACCAAUCCCACAAGACUGCUGUCGGCGAAGCCAAGCAAGAGUCUAAAGCACUACCAACAAGCUUUGCGGCCGAAGUACUCUCACCAAUACCGAAACAGCCAAAAGAAAAUUCAGUUACACCCAAAGAACCGAAUAGACAUUCCGACACGAUAAGGUCGCGUAGUAACGUCCACUCUGCAAGUGCAAUGGAAAACCGGCUGGUGAGUGAUCAUGAGCUGUCGACAAAGCUUGAAGCUAAAGAUGGCGACAAAAAGACAAGUAAGGGUGAACGAGAUGAGCUUAUGGUGAAAUCACAAGAAUACAAGCAAGGCGGGCUAAAGGAGCACACUGAUGCAUCAAGAAGGGUGAGCUCUUCAGUCAAAAAAUCUGCAGAUGUAGAGAAGCUGGCAAAAGACAAGAAAACUGCAUUGCAGCCUAGUUCAAAAAGUGUAUCACACAAGCAAACUAGGGACAGCACUCCCUCUCAGCCCAAAGAGUCUGCCCAACAAACUCUGGAUGGCACUCCCACUCAGUCCAAAGAGUCUGCCAAACAAACUCUGGAUGACACUCCCUCUCGAUUCAAAGAAUCAUCCAAACAAACUCCGGAUGGCAAUCCCACUUGGUUCAAAGAGUCUGCCAAACAAACUUCGGAUGGCACUCCCUCUCGAUCCAAGGAGUCUACCAAACAAACUCUGAAAGGCACUCCCUCUCAAUCCAAAAAGUUCGCCAAACAAGUUCCGGAUGACAUUCCCUCUCGAUCCAAAGAGUCAUCCAAAGAAACUCGGGGUCGCACUCCCUCUCGAUCUAAAGAGUGUGCCAAACAAACUCCAGAAGGCACUCCCUCUCAGUCCAAAGAGUCGGCCAAACAAGCUCCAGAUGACACUCCCUCUCGAUCCAAAGAGUGUGCCAAACAAACUCCAGAAGGCACUCCCUCUCAAUCCAAAGAGUCUGCCAAACAAGCUACGGAUGACACUCCCUCUCGAUCCAAAGAGUCAUCCAAAAAUAUUCCGGAUGGCACUCCCUCUCGAUCCAAAGAGUGUGCCAAACAAACUCUGGAAGGCACUCCCUCUCAAUCCAAAAAGUUCGCCAAACAAGUUCCGGAUGACACUCCCUCUCGAUCCAAAGAGUCAUCCAAAGAAACUCCGGGUGGCACUCCCACUCGGUCCAAAGAGUCUGUCAAACAAACUUCAGAAGGCGCUCCCUCCCGGUCUGAAGAGUCAUUCAAACAAACUCCGGAUGGCACUCCCUCUCGAUCUAAAGAGUGUGCCAAACAAACUCCAGAAGGCACUCCCUCUCAGUCCAAAGAGUCGGCCAAACAAGCUCCGGAUGACACUCCCUCUCGAUCCAAAGAGUCAUCUGAAAAUAUUCCGGAUGACACUCCCUCUCGAUCCAAAGAGUGUGCCAAACAAACUCCAGAAGGCACUCCCUCUCAAUCCAAGGAGUCUGCCAAACAAGCUACGGAUGACACUCCCUCUCGAUCCAAAGAGUCAUCCAAAAAUAUUCCGGAUGGCACUCCCUCUCGAUCCAAAGAGUGUGCCAAACAAACUCCAGAAGGCACUCCCUCUCGAUCAAAAAAGUUUGCCAAGCAAGCUCCGGAUGGCACUCCCUCUCGGUCCAAAGAGUCAUUCAAAGAAACUCCAGGUGGCACUCCCACUCGGUUCAAAGAGUCUGCCAAACAAACUAUGGGAGGCACUCCCUCUCAAUUCAAAGAGUUGUCCAAACAAGCUCUGGAUGACAUUCCCUCUGGAUCCAAAGAGUCUGCCAAACAAACUCCAGAUGACACUCCCUCUCGAUUCAAAGAAUCAUCCAAACAAACUUCGUAUGGCAAUCCCACUUGGUCCAAAGAGUCUGCCAAACAAACUCCGGAUGGCACUCCCUCUCGAUCCAAAGAGUCUGCCAAACAAACUCUGAAAGGCACUCCCUCUCGAUCCAAAAAGUUUGCCAAACAAGCUCCGGAUGACACUCCCUCUCGAUCCAAAGAGUCAUUCAAAGAAACUCCGGGUGGCACUCCCACUCGGUCCAAAGAGUCUGCCAAACAAACUUCAGAAGGCACUCCCCCCCGGUCCAAAGAGUCAUCCAAACAAGCUUCGGAUGACACUCCCUCUCGAUCCAAAGAGUCAUCCAAAAAUAUUCCGGAUGGCACUCCCUCUAGAUCCAAAGAGUGUGCCAAACAAACUCCGGAAGGCACUCCCUCUCAAUCCAAAGAGUCUACCAAACAAACUCCAGAAGGUGCUCCCUCUCAAUCCAAAGAGUCUACCAAACAAGCUCUGGAUGACACUUCCACUCGGUUCAAAGAGUCAUCCAAAGAAACUCCGGGUGGCAAUCCCACUCGGUCCAAAGAGUCUGCCAAACAAACUCCGGAUGGCACUCCCUCCCGGUCCAAAGAGUGUGCCAAACAAACUUCGCAUGGCACUUCCGCUCAGGCCAAAGAGUCUGCCAAACAUAUACAGAUGCAAGCUUUGGUAGAAAGAAGUGCACCAAACACAGAUUCUCACAUUGGAUUAUCUCCUAAGAAUGAGACACCAUCACACACAACUGCAUUUUCUUCAACGAAUGAGGUGCCAUCCCACCAAACUAAAUGGCAAAAUAUGUCACCCCAGCAACAAGGACAGAUACAAAAAGCAGAAUCGUUACCAAAACCCAAUGAAAAAAUUGCCACAACUCAAGUAUCUGAAUUGCGCGAUUCUAAAUGUGAAUCUACAUUCACUCAGUCUAAAGAGAGUACCAAACAUAUACAGAAGGAAAUUGUGGUGCCAAACAUUGGACCCAAGAUAGAGUAUCAUCACCCUCCAUCAACUACAAAGAAAGAAACGCCUUUCCGUAGCUCUAAAUCGCAAGAAAUUUCGCCUCAGCCACACGAACCGUUACUAGAAGCAGAAUUGUCACUGAAGCCUAAUGAAAACAUUAUAACAAGUCAAAUGUCCCAAUCGCGAGAUUCUAAAUGUGCAUCUUCUUCCACUCAAUCCAGGGAGUCUGCAGAAUAUAUAUCAAAGCACCUUUCAGACGCUAAAACUGCACUGAAAAGAGAAUCUUGCCCUGUGUCAUCUACAAAAAAGGAAACACCAUUCCAUCUUAUUAAAUCUGAAAAUCCUUUGCCUCAGCAGCAGGAACGAAUAAGCAAAGCAGAGUCGUCGCAGAAAUCCUGUGAAAACGUUGCAGCGACUCAAGUGUCUAAACUGCAAGAUAAAACACUGCUGCCAAGUUUAAAAAGCAUGCCACACAAGCAAACUCGAGACAUUACUCCUAGCAAGUCCAAAGAGCCUGCCAAACAUACACCGAAGCAUGUUUUGCUGAUGAAAAUUGCUGCUGAAAGACAUUCUCACACUGCAUUUUCUUCAAAGAAUGAGGUGCCAUGCCACCAAACUAAAUUGCAAAAUCUUUUGCCUCAGCAAAAGGAAGAGAAAUGCAAAGCACGAUCGUCACCGAAAACUGACCAAGAAAUUGUGGCAACUCAGAUUUCUGAAUCACAAGAUAUAGGCAAUGCUUGCCAACACACACAGGGUGCUGUAGUGAAGGCUCAACAAGGUCAGACUGCCGUCAAGCGCAAGGAGCAGACAGGAACCCCACUAAAGAGAAACACAGCUCCAGGAAAGGCUGUGACACAAGAGAGUGCAGCCAGCACACCGAUUUCACCAAGUGAUAUCUACAAAACUGGUGAAAGUGAACAGGCGAGUGUUGAACAGCGCAUGCAUCGUAGAACAUAUGUUAUAAACAACCCCAGUAAUGUGCCCGUAAGCUUAGCACAGUCUGCUCUGUCUUCUGCUGAUGAACUCGAUGGUGCUGCACAAAAACCCACCACACCUGUGCGUGCACUGGCAGCACCACCAUCAUUGGACAAUCCACCAGCAGAGCAAAAGGUGCAGGAGCUUAUCCAAGAAGUAUCGACAAAAGAACGAUGUACAGAGCCCGAGGCGGCGGCAAAACUUUUAUCGGCACAAUCUGUACCAGCAGAACGUCAUUCAAGACACAAUGCAGGUGACAGACAUGAACAGGAACAUUCCUGUGACCAUCGAUAUCAUCAGCUUGCUUUUGAGCCUGUACCUCCACACAAAACCCAGAUGCCUGAGAAUACAGUCUUCACUUCUGGCUCAGCCAACAAAUCUGAAUCAGAGGGCAUUCUCCCACAACAAGGCAACAGUGUAACUGUGAACACCAAGUACAUUUCCCCAUCUUUAAAACGAACCAAUGUGGUGCCAUUGACAUUGCUGCCAUCACCUGGAGGCUGUACCGCUGAAGUGAAGGCACCGCUACCUGAGAGUGAUAACAAGGAUGCAACCAUUCAGCAACAGCAGAAUUCUCCCUCUGCUGAAACAAGCAGAAAGCCCGUGGUUCAAGAGCUUGAAAAUCCAAAUGACCUAGCAGACAACAAAGGAGCGAAAUCAACAAAGUAUGGCUCAUCUUUGGAACAGAGCCAGAUCGGUAGCGAUAAACAUGACCUUCCCAGGAAAAAGCAAUUGCACAUGUCUCAAGAGCGUGUUGGGAAGGCCAGUAAAUCCACCCUGCUUAGUGCAGCUGUAAGCUGUGAAGAGGGUGAAGAAUUAGCAGACGAUGUGCGCGUGCCCUCUUUGCUUUGUCUCCCUACUGAAAGCAUAGAGACAAACCCAAUGCUACAUAAAAUGGCUCCAGGUCCCUUGGAAAUACUCACAAGCCAGUAUGAGCAGGAACCGACUAUACCCAAGUAUGAUGACAUGACAUCAUCACAAAGCUGUCAAAGUGAAGGUGUGUUGCCAUGUCUGCUCGAGGAAAAGUCAAGUGUUCAAGAAAGCGAGGUAAAGAGCGAUAACAUAAAAGAGGCCAGCGAUCUGGCAGACAAAGUUCCUAAAUUUGGUGUUACAGGUGACCAGCCACAAACACAGGCUGUGGUUGUAAGCAGCGAAAACUUAAUAAAGACACCAACAACAAAAGUAGGAGAAGAUGACGGAACGUUGUCCUUCCACCAGAUGCAAGCAAUUGAAAGUGAUGGGAAUGACAAAGCUGAGAAGCAUGCUGUUCAUACUAGAUCAGGUACUGCUUCCACCAAAGAGAUUGGUGCUGAAGACCAUUCAGAUACAGCUGUCCAACCAAUGGAAGGUGUUCAGACCAAAAGCAUGCCAUUACUUUCCAUGAAUGAAAACGUAAUUGUUGAGCAGAUCAUCUCUGUGAGUGGCCAUGCACCUGGGCACUCCACAGAGGAUCCAUGCGAGUCUGCAAGUCCUGUGCAUAAGACUAACAAAUUUGAAAAGAAAGCCAGUAAUAGUGAACAGGACUUUAAUGUGAAGUUAUCAUCGGAAAAUGUGAAAGCAGAGAGCAGCAUCCUGAGCAAGGAAUACACAAGCACAAAAAGGGUGGAAAAUGAAGGCCCUCUCGAGAAAGAACCCCAAGAUGAUGCCUUUGAACUUGAAAUGGUCAAGAAAGAGACGAACACAUCGAACUAUGAUCAUGAAGACAGGCCAACAACGCUUAAGCACUCUGAUGAUCAGCGUGCAAGGUGUACUGAUGAACAACCGGGAGCCAUACAGGGAGAUGUGGUUGACACCACUGUGUUCGAACAGAGUGAUGACAUCGGUAAGCAUGCACUUGAAGUCAAAAGCGACACACUUCAAGAGGGUGUCACUGAUCUUGCGUGUGACCUCACCACAACGCCAAAAUUAGAAAGUGGUGGUCCAACUGCGCCAUUACUUCUGAACCAGGCGACGAUGACACUUAGUCAGACUGGGCUGAGGAGCCACCUCACAGAAGAGCAGAGAAGUGAGUCCUGUAGUGAAGCUGUGAGCAGGAAUGAAAUGGAUGCCCUCCAGGAUGCUAUUGUUGGUGCAUAUGACAGGGCAAUACCAGCAUCAAAAGGCCCUGAACCUGAAAGAGCAACGAAACAGAAGGGGGCUAGUCAUAAGCAAGAAGUUUCUGAAAAUCCUCCCAUAGAGGCAGUGGCAAAGAAGUCCACUAAUGAACCCCUAUACGCGGACAGGAUUGGCAGUCUAGAUGAACACACAUCUUGUGCUGGGGAAAACGAUUCUACAGUGUCAAUAUUAAGUCGUAUAGAGGCUGGACCUAUGUCACUAAUGUGGAGAAAGGAAAAAACAAGCACAGAGAUGGCAAGCAUGAAGGACAGAGAGGAAGCCGUAUCUGCUGAUGCACCCACACUUGAAGAUGGAGUUGGGCAGCCUCAGCAGAGCAGUGCUGUAACUGAGCACAAUAUUAUAGCAGCCUUGCCAACAAAGACUGAAUCUGAAAACACACAGGUGCUCGUGAUGGUGCAGCAGAGAGACUUAAAUGACCCUCAAGAAAGAAAUGCACCAAUAAGUCAGGAAAUGUGCGUACUCGAAGUGGACAUACCUUCAGUACGAGCUUCUGCGAGCAAUCUGACAGACGAGUCCGGGCCUGUAUCACUUGAAACAAACAAAUUCGAAAUGCCACUAGUUAAUGUGGCAGAUGAAGUGGCAAAAGCAAAUUGUGGGAACGAAGAAAUCAAAGCUAACAGCGGAGAUGAUGUUAAGCAGCCGCUGCACAAAGAGCAUAAAGUUUUCACAGAGUAUGAAGCACAACCUACACCACCUUCAAUGGCUAAGAGUUCUUCCAAUCAAGUAGAACAGGCACACAAUCUUUCAAGCACUGACCAAUCGGUAAAACACAUUCCAAAACAUGCAGCAGUAGUUGCAGUGGCACCCGUGCCUGAUGAAAAUGAAAUCCUAGUGCUAACAUUAGCUGAAGAGAGCCAGAGUCGAGAAUUGAAGCAUGAUGAAACAGAUUAUUGUCAGCAACAGGACCAGAGCGACAAGAACAUUGCUAAGGCAACGCAACAUUCCACACCAUCGCAUCAAAUCCAAACAAAAGAUGAAGUGGCUACUGUAGGUGUAGCUAGGCCACCAAAGCGUGAAAAUGAUGAAAGUCUACAACACAACACUGUCAUACAACCUGAGCAGUCCAUCAUUUGUUCAAACUUUAAUGCGAAUGCAGAAUCUACACAACUUGCAUCAUCAUUAGAAGAGCACUGCGGCACUUCUGCUGCUGAGGCAGCUGUUUUAAUAAGCACGCAAGAAGAGCACUCUGUUGUAAGGCUAGAUGACAUUGAAGUGGCUACAGUCAUUGAAGUUUCAGCUGAAGAGUUUGUACUUUCGGCAGGUCUUCCACCUACACCUAUAUUAGGCUCUGACUUGACUGAGACAAGCCAGCUAGUGUAUGCAACGAACACAAAUGAACAAUGUUCUCUGUUUGUUAGUACCACGGAGGGCGGUGUCGAGUCAAUAGAUUCUGCAGUUGCACACCCAGCUUUACUGUCUUCUGACCAAGGUUCUGUAGAGUUCUUUACAAUAGGUUCCUGCAAAGAGGAACACACGGUUGUUCCUUUGGCUGGACAUCAUGUACAGGAUUAUGCUUCUGCGGCUGAAAGUGCUGAUGAAGCUCUAGACAUGUUAUCGGACGGUGCAGUUCUAUCCACAGAAGCUGUACUGAAUGAACUGUCAUGUGAGAAAAAACCGGAGGCAACUCUUGCCAUCAUAGACAGUUCCUCACAUCAGACACAUACACCAGAAACGGAGCUCGAUUCAACCUCAAGACCAAACAUGCCCUUGAAAACUCGCUUGGAAAGUCAGAUGCCACCUUUGACCACACCACCUCAAACACAACUUGUAGACUCCUUGGUUGUCUUGGACGAAAGACGGCAGUCAGAUCUGAAACCCUUGUCUUUCACUGCGAGUUAUGCUGAAGCCAUCCAGAAAUCAUCUGAGCAGCCUACUGAAGACUUGCCUUUGCAACUGAGAGAUGCCGAUGAGAUGCUGAUCGGUGAAAGUUCCUUGACUUCACAGGUGGUGGUCUCGCCACCUCCAACACUGGUCGGUAAUCAAGAGGCGAGUUUGAAUGUUACUAACACUGAAGAACCCAUUCGCGCGACGUGCUUGCUAUCACCUGCAGUCACAGAAAGUCCUGUGCAGGUGGAAACCGAAAAGCAGUUUGUGAAGAUGAUGAUGACGCAGGCGGAACCCGCCACAGAAGUUAUGCUCGCAUGUCACGGGGAAUGGAAACAAAGAGAGCCGACCCAUAAUCCAAUGCCUCUUAGAAAACGCCUGGCUAUGCGACAGCUGCGAGAAAGUGUCUCGGAAGAAAGUACACUCUUUCCCGAGCAGCAUUCUCCCUCAUUUUCCACUCCUUGUGUAGAAGAAAGAACAUCUGAAGAACAGGAACCGAAAAAAGCUGUCGUGAAACCCAAACGCCGAGGCAGGACGUCACAAGCACGCUCACGAGGAGAGGGCGACGAAGCAGAAAUGGUACAAGUGAGGAGGUCCACCAGAAACAAGAAAGCACCGGAACGUUUCUGUUUUUAAAAUGGUUUUUGUGCUUUUAUUAAGCCCACAAAUACGGUGACGGUGAUCGCCAGUACAACUCCACAAUUGAAACACUGUGUGCAUAAUCAUACACUCAUGCCCAUUUAGAGUAGGUCAUUCGUCUUAAUUUGAAAAUAGUAGUAUACAUGUUACAACAUUCCAUUCGGGUGCUCUUUUUUUUUUUCUCUUUUCUGAGCGUUUGGCUUAAAUCCAUUUCUUUCAUCUUCAGUAUCAUAAAAACAGCAUGGAACAGAUUUACAAUUCUGGAAUUGUUCUGCAUUGCUUUGUUGAUUCCGCAAUUGUCAACUCUAAAAGAUACUGAGGAGAACAGCGCGAAAAACGGGACCAAGAAAGAAUGAACGCAUGACACAAGCGCUGCCUAAAAUUCUAAACGAUACCUGGAAGAGCAGGAAUCAUAUAGGCUAUUUAAAUCAAAUUGUGUUUAAUAUACAGCCAUGCUUAUUUCAAUAAAUUUCAAUGCGAACCAUUAAUGUAAAGAAAUAAUGAGGGCACCUUCCUAAGUGGCAACAUACUGUACUGGCAUUGUUGAAAGCAGGUACAUGUUUAUUUGUUAACAGUUUUCAGUUAUGAACUUGGUGCCAUACAAGUACAUAUUGCAAUGCAUCUACAGUCGGAAGUAUCUAAGGAUGCAUUUGAUAUGCUUAAAAUGGUAAUGUUCUCGAUUUUCAAAGGCACCUGAAGUACAUUCUAUAGUAGAAUUUCAGUAAACUGAAUUCGUCUAAAGGGAACAAACAGCUCUGGUUUUGUUUUUGACUGCUGUACCCUUACACAUCUUUCUUAGUAAAUGAACACGCUUUUUUUGUGUCUUCUGGGUAUAGUUACCAAGAUUUUACAGUAGUAAUACUAUGUUGCCAAACUGCGAAAUAAGCUUCUGUGAACCUGUUAGGCACGAAGCACUGCAUUGCAUGGGAACAAGGAAUUUAGAGCCAAGCAUCGCUUAAUCAUUCCUUUGUGAUCUUGUUAUCAGAUACACAUCAAGAGGGCCUAACAGUUGUCGACUGAUUUCUUGAUUGCUAGGACAUCUUCAGUAUUAUUAUCACUGUAAAUUUUCGUAGUAAGGCUCGACUCGGGCACUCGAGAGCAAGUAUGCCGUACAGCUUUGCCCUGCGUAUAACAAAUGCAACAUGCCGAGUUGCGAGGAUCGUUGUGCAUGCCUGUAAUUGUAGCGGUGAAAACAUUCAAAGAAUAAAAGCCAGAAAGUGCUUAAAGCCACAAAGUGCAACGACGCGACUUUUGAGUGGGUCUUGCUGCUAUGCCGUUUCCCCGGGUAGUUUGCAGUGAGCUCAUGGUGACAAAACGAGAGGAAAGUUACUCGGAAGCUGUGACAACUUCCUGUAACACUGCUUGCUUGAUAGAUUCGAAACUUUUUUGAGACAGCAGACUUGCAAGGCAAUCUAGUCAUAUAGUAAAGUUAUCUUAUCAUUAGCACUUAGAAGAGGAAUACAGUUGAAGACAUUGAGAUGCUUUUAGUCUACGACUGUUACAUUAUUUCAUUUGACACUUUUAUUACUUCAGAGUUUGUUGAAAUGACGGCUCUAAGUAAUUUCACAAUGUACAGGGAUCUUAUUGCUUCGUCACUUUCUCAGAUAAUCAUUCUUCAUUUUAUCAGAAUCAUACUGCCUAUCUUCCGAGUAGAAGCUCAGCUAGAGUAAGUCUUCAACAGAUGCAAUAUAAACGAAGGAUAGCACAUGUUGCCAUUGGUGAAAAUGUAAAUUGGCACCAAGAUUCUGCCAUUUGGAUAACAAUGUAUUGGGUUGUUAUCUGCACUUGCAAGCACUCAAUGCAAGUUUUUUUUAACGUUGCCGUGAAAUGUGUGCACAGUCUUAACCUGCAAGAAAUGUUAACAGCCCAAGCUGGACAAUGAAUUUCUAGUUGGGAGAUGGAAAUCCAUUCACAGGAGAGAUGACAACGAUGAUCGUGGAUAAUAACAAGACUGGCACUGAGAUACUUUUUCAAUUCACACGGUACAUCUAAGAGAACCUUUCACGAUACCGGUGCCACAUACUGCCCUACUGCUGAGGAUGCCUCCUCAGGCACUUAAUCAUGUUGCCUCGUCGAACUCUUGCACCUUGCAUGUUCAUUCCUGUUCCCACUUGUUGCUUGAAGUUUUCAUAUGAGUGACUUUAAUAAAAACUCAUUCUGUCAAACCUGGAA